AUGGAGAUCGGAACCCCGGUGUGGGUCCUGGCCGAGGACCGCGUCUGGCGCCGGGCCGUGGUCCAUGCGACGACGCCGACGAGCCUCGGCUGCCGGCUCACGGACGCCAUCGACGAGGCCUCGCGCGUCCUCGCCUUCCCGGCGACAGCCGUCGGCAGCAAGGUCUUUGUCUGCAACCCGAUCGAGCAGCGCGAGGUGGGCGUCGAGGAUCUCACGGCGCUCGUGCAUUUGCACGAACCUGCGAUCCUGCACACGCUCAAGGUGCGCUUCAUGAAGCGAGAGAUCUACACGAGCACGGGCUCGAUCCUUGUCGCGGUCAACCCGUUCCAGGCGCUCGCGCUCUACGACGAACGCAUCAAGACGCGCUACAUUGCGCAUGGCAGCCGUGCUGCUAAUGGCGAAAAGCUGGCGCCGCUGCCGCCGCACGUAGCAUCCUCGUGA